AAAAUGAAAGCAAAAGUGAAAUAUCAUGUUAAACCAAUGUUUUUUUUUUUGCAGUUCGUAUAUGAAGACGCUAUUGUAUUAUACAGUCUGUUUAUAUCCGUCUAUAACUUAAAGAGCAACAAAUAACAAAAAAGGAAAAUCAAAAAAGGCGUUUAUCAUAGAAGCAUGUAUUUGAAGUGCGCCUUGUCGGUGUGUGCUGUAGCCCUGUGUGCAAUCCUGGGUAUUGCCGGUUCGGAUCCUGACCCCAGCGCUGACCCCCCGGCCGUGCUGCGAUUGGUGGAUAUUGUUCUGGAAUGCUCUCUGGUGGAGGAGGGGGGUGGGCGGCUAUCAAUGUUCGCAUCGGCGUUCUCCCGCCAGCCUGCCACCCUGGUGCUGAGGAAGGUCGGCGUGCCAGAACACGAAACCCUGGACAGCUAUACCGAGUACCAGCCUCCCCCUUUCGACCCCGAAGCACUCAUAUUCGAGGUGGAAGUGACAUCAGCGUCAAUCCCAGGAGCUGAGUCGCUGCUCCACGCCGACUGCAACGAACAGGAAGUGACAUGUGAGAUCAGCCAGUACUACCCCCAGGAUGAGGUGUCGGAAACAGCCUGGUUUAUUUGCAGCCUGCAGGUAGAGGGGGGCGGGGUUAGUGCCACCAUGGUGAUGAGGACUCAGCCAAUCACAGGAGAGGUGGGCAUGGAGCCGCAGAAACAGAAGAAGCUGGACUUGCCUCUGAGUGACAGUGGGACCAUUCAGCUGGCAGCGCAGUUCAAUGUGUUCACCAGCAUGCCCAGUGUCUCCACUGCACUAGGGGGCACUGUGCUACUAGACUGCGGCUUCACGGGUGAGCAGCACAUACAGGAAGUGCAGGUGGAGUGGCGCGUGCAGCACAAGGGGAACGGGAGGCGUGUUCUUCACUUUCGCAGCGAUACGAACGAAGGAGUCUCCGAUCGCCCCGGGGCUCAGAUCGACUCUGCCAGGCUGGCUGCCCACAGGAACGCCUCGCUCUUCCUGCCUGGGUUCCGAGUGGUGGACGAGGGCACCUACAUCUGCAUCGUGACAGCCGGGCCGUACCAGGCACAGCAAGUCAUUCAAGUGCAGGUCCAGGAACCCCCCUCAGUGAAUCUUGUUCCCGAGGCUCUGCAGCUCCAGGAGGGAGUGACAGAGAGACUGAGCUGUGAGAUCAACAGAUACUACCCCCUUGAUGUGCAGGUAGUCUGGACCCAGUCUCCUUCCUCCUCUCCUUCCUCCUCCCCUUCCUCUCCUCCCCCUUCCCACCUUCCUCAUAUCUACUUCUCCAGCCACAGGCAGCACCCUGACGGGACCUACUCACUGUCUGCCUACGUGCUGGUGAAUCCCUCCACCUGUGACGCCGGGACUACUUUCACCUGCUCCGUGACACACCCCUCCCUCAGCGAGCCGCUCACAGCCAGCCUCACUCUCACACUGCCGGAAGAAUCUAGACUCUGGCUGAUUCUCGGAGUCUCCAUGGCGACACUCAUCUUCAUAUUUGCUGCUUAUAAACUUGUGUUGCAGUGGAACAAAGGGACAGUUGCCAAAAAAGGACAACUAAAAAAUAUCAAGGUAAAUUGAUAUUUACAUCAAACUAAACGGACCAGCACUCCUGAAGUUACGAGAUGAACCCCAAACCUCUUCACACAGCAUCGUCUUCUUUGAUUGGACACGCAGACUUAAUGAAUAUAUCGAUUCAUGAUAUCGAACUACACUCCCCUCCAACUAGUAUUGGGACUGAUAAAUAAUUGCAGCAUGAUAGGAAUGGGUGUGAUUGUGUUGCCCCCUCCGUUUUACCCUGCUGCUCAGACCCCUUGCUUGAUAGGAAUGGGUGUGAUUGUGUUGCCCCCACCGUUUUACCCUGCUGCUCAGACCCCUUGCUUGAUAGGAAUGGGUGUGAUUGUGUUGCCCCCACCGUUUUACCCUGCUGCUCAGACCCCUUGCUUGAUAGGAAUGGGUGUGAUUGUGUUGCCCCCUCCGUUUAACCCUGCUGCUCAGACCCCUUGCUUGAUAGGAAUGGGUGUGAUUGUGUUGCCCCCACCGUUUUACCCUGC